AACACAAAACAUAAACAAAACCGCGUCAGGCAAUUGCAACCGUCGGAUCAAUCUCCAUGUCAUCAAUCCAAGUCAAAAAAUAAAUAAACGGUCCAGAUCAAAUGUUCUACAUAGCUACUCUGAAGAACAAUGAACCGCCUCUAUUCUUUUCUCUCUCUUUCUCUCCUAUCCUUCCUUACCUCAAUUCCAAAAAAUAAUUUCUUUUUAUAUUAUUUUUCAAUUUAAUUCUUAAACUCUUUAACAAAAGUAAACUGAAAAUGAAGGAUUUGGCCGGAGAAGAAGCUACGGAAAUUGAGGAAAUAAUUAAUGAAGAAAUAGUUGAAGAAAUUGACAGUGAAGUUGAAGUUGAAGAAGAUGACGGUGAAGAUGACGACGAUGAUGACGACGUGGAGGAUGAGGAAGAUGAUGACGUGCAGGAGGUUUUUCCGGCGACUGCCGGCGGAGCUAAUCCACCGGUGCAGACGGUAGAUGACGAAGACGAAGAGGAUGAGGACGAUGACGCGGAUGAAGGAGAUGAUGACGGUGAUGACGACGGCGACGGUGAUGAUAGUGAUGAAGAUGAUGACGAUGAAGAAGACGUUGAAGAUGAUGAGGAGGAUGCACCAACGGAAUAUUUGGUUCGACCGGUUGCUAACCCGGGAGACGAAGAAGAUGCUAGUGAUUUUGAACAAGAAGAGAAUGGUGCUGACGAUGAUGCUGGAUCCGAUGAAGAGGAUGAAGAUGAGGACGAUGGUGGGAAGAUUGAGGCACCUUCCAAGAGAAAGAGAUCCAAGAAAGAUGACUCAGACGAUGGUGAUGACGAUGAUGGUGGUGACGAUGACGAGAGACCAUCCAAGAGAUAGGGGUCCAGCCCACUUGGGACAAAAACAUGACACCAACGACAGCGUAGGUCUUUCUCUAGUGAUAUGUAUUAUUUACAGAAAUUUUCUAAAAUACUUUGAAGUCGCAGAUUUCAGGAUAAAUGUAAUUCACCCUUUGUGUAGUUUUCAUGGUGUGCUGUUGGAUAGUUUAUUCACAAUAUGUUGUUGUAGGUUAAGUUACUAAUAAAGUUAGUAGGUAUUGGACAAGAUUUUAAACAUUUGAUCUUAUGUAAUCUUAAUUUUAUUUAGGUUGAUGUUUUUUACUCUUUCAAA